GACAAUCCUUCAGACACCGUGUCCUGGGUUAAAAAAACGAGCGCACCCAGUGUAUCUGCGUCAGUCGCAUGUGGAAGUGAACCAGCUCCCCUCAUCUCCUUCCAGGUGAAACCGGCUCGAGGUCACUGAGACCCCGUGUUUUCCUGCUGUUGAAUCCCCUCGGGAAACAAACAUGGUGUUCCUCACGCUGCCUUGUUGGAUCAGGAGCCGCGGGCCCGACCGAUACUGGAAGGUUCAAGAAGUUCUCAAACACGCAAGGCACUUCCGGGGCAGGAAGAACCGCUGCUACACCCUGGCAGUGAAGGCCGUCCGGAGAGCUUUCGUCUACGCCACCAAAGCCCGGAGGCUGAAGAAACGCAGCAUGAGGACGCUGUGGAUUUCCCGCAUUGCAGCAGCUUCACGCGAGCACGGCAUGAAGUACCCUGCCCUCAUGCACAACCUUACAAAGACCAGCGUUCAGCUGAACCGACAUGUUAUCAGUGAUCUGGCCAUCACAGAACCUCGGUCAUUCCUCUCGCUCGCUAAGCUGGCACAGGCUCGGCGACAGGAAGGCUUCCAUGCGGCGCUGGGCGACGGCAACGAGCCUCCUGGUGUCUUCUCCAGAAUUGUCUUAUUACAAUAAACAGCUUGCUACAGUUAUGUAUUUCCAGUUGCUGUGUGGUUUGAAGAGCAGCACCUUGGAUUGUUGAUGAUCUUGAGGAUGAACAGACAUGCACUCGCCUCUUUGCUUUCACUCUUGUUGAUCAGUAUACCAGGGUUGUCCCAUGUUUAACAACCCACAGAAAAGACCCAAGUUGCGAUCAGGGUCUGACCACCAUUAGGUACAUGGUUUGCCUGGGGCUCUUUGUGAGGAGUCCACUGGCUGACACUUUGUUAUCACUGCCUGAUCAGUGUUUCUUGCCGGUGUGUCUCACAUAGAUCAGCACCAAACUGGUCCACAGUAUAUAAAAGAAAAUUUUCCCUGUUACUAGCCCCUCUUCCUUCUGUCUGAAAAAGAUUGGCCAACAGAUCCAAAUCCCUGAAGUAGAAAAUGAUGUUAUAUCCUAUUGAAGGACACUUUGGCAGGGCAGAUGAUUACUGUUGAAGUGCCUUGGUCUUAGACCUUCCAGGACCGUUACUUUACACACUGUGGUCCCCUGUAUAAGACUUCUGUUAAAGCCUCUCCUAUUCAUUAUUCAUUGUGUGACAGUGCUUACAAUGGUUUGCUUGGCCAGACAUACACUCAGUUCAUCACACUUCAGUUCUGCACUGUUCUUCAGUCGAGCAUCAUCACAAUCCAAGAACUGAAAUUAAACAGCAUAGCAACUGUUUGUCUGUACACACCUGCUUCAUUCACUGGCAUCGGUCCAACCUACUAUAGCAAUGCUCCUAAUCUGUUUUCCUCCAGUGUCAAGAUGCAGGAUGUGAUUAUCAAUGUCCACAACGUUUCUUGUGUUCACCACAUGCAACCUUUGUUAAAUUAUGAUUUGAUGCUGUUGGAUUGUGAGUUUUUUGGAGGUUGGGAAGAAAAGAGUGACCUCAAGCGUUAUCAUGUGAUGACUUUUGUCUGUGUAAAUAUGUGUUUUACCCUUUGUUUUGGUAAAGAUUGUUCUCAUAAUGUUUAGAUCAUUAAACAUUUUGAUAUUUA